AUAAACAACCAAGUCGAUCUGAGCUGCGCACUACGCACUACGCAAAAGAAAACUCAUUCAACACUUAUCUACCUACAUAGAAACCUAAUCAAUUUAGUACAUUUUAUUAAUAUAUUACAAAAACAACUCGAGUCUGAUUGACUACGCUUUGUUUGAGGCUCUUUUGUUCAUUAUCAGCUGAAAGUGCGAUUAUUUUACCAAUUUGUCAAUAUUUAGUGGAACUUUACUCUAAAAAUAACAGUUUUACUACAUUUUAGAAAUCAUCUGCUGAUCUUCAAUAUGACGCCUAAUAUUCAAACUUUCAUAAAUAGUUUUCAAAACAGACUUGAACUUCCAGUUCGCCAGCAUCUGAAAAAUGUGUAUGGCACACUAACAAUGACCUGUGGUGCAGCCACAGCUGGAGUGUUUGUUGACAUGUAUACCAGAUUCCAAGCUGGAUUCCUUUCAGCAAUUAUUGGUGCUGGUCUCAUGCUAAUGUUGAUUGCUACUCCGGAUAAUGGGAAAAACACAAGUUUACGCCUUGGAUAUCUUCUGGGUUUCGGUUUGACAUCAGGAAUGAGCAUGGGUCCAUUGUUAGAGUAUGUCAGUAUUGUAGACCCCUCCAUAAUAGUGACAGCACUUUUGGGCACCACUAUUGUGUUUGUCUGCUUCUCUGUAGCAGCCAUGCUAGCUGAUCGUGGUAGCUGGCUGUUCCUUGGUGGCACAUUGAUGACUUUAUUCACUUCAAUGUCUCUGAUGACCUUAGUCAAUCUCUUCAUGCAGUCACAUUUCCUGUACCAAGCUCAUCUGUACCUUGGCCUUAUCCUCAUGUGUGGCUUCGUACUAUUUGACACUCAACUAAUAAUCGAGAAACGCCGUAUGGGAAAUAAAGACUUUGUACAACACGCUAUGGAACUCUUUAUUGACUUCAUUGGUGUCUUCAGAAGACUGCUCAUCAUUUUGACACAAAAGGAAGAAGAAAACCGUCGUCGUAAACGCGACUAAAUCAAGUCAUCUUUCAUCCAGCAUCAAAUUCACCUAUUUCUCGAAUUAAUUAGUGGAUUUGAGAUGAUAAUAUAAAUUUAGAAUAUGUAAGAUAUUGUGUGUUGGGAAAUUUAUAAGUUCUAUAGUGUAAUAAAUUUAUUGGAACUGAUUGAAAUAAAUAUUUCUUUAACCAUUA